AUGGACGUUGAUGCCUUGGAUUCAUCGGCUAUAACGACGAAAUCAGUGUAUUUUUAUAGCAAGUUGAUUGCAAGAGCAGCAAGGCUGGCUUUGAUUGCUGAAGAAGUGUGCUUUCUUGAUGUGAUUCCAGCUAUAAGAAAGUUCUUGAAGGACACAAUUGAGCCAUGGCUGGAUGGGACUUUUAAUGGGAACGGUUUUCUGUAUGAAUCGAAAUGGGGUGGAAUUGUGAGUAAACAAGGGUCAAGGGAUUCAGAGGCAGAUUUCGGGUUUGGAGUUUACAAUGACCUCCUUUAUGGAAUAGCUGUCUUGACCAAGAUUGACCCUGCAUGGGGAAGGAGGUAUAAGCCCCAAGCUUAUUCACUUGUGGCAGGUUUUAUGAACUUAGGCAGCCGAUCGAAUUCGAAUUAUCCACGAAUGAGGUGUUUUGAUUUCUACAAGCUCCAUUCUUGGGCUGGAGGGUUGGCUGAAUUUGCAGAUGGAAGGAAUCAAGAAAGCACUAGUGAAGCUGUGAAUGGAUUAAACUCUGCUGCACUAAUGGGGUUAGCCUAUGGAGACACCCAUCUUGUUGCAACUGGUUCAACACUUACUGCACAUGUGAUUCAAGCAGCACAAACAUGGUGGCAUGUUAAGGAAGGAGAUAAUCUAUAUGGAGAAGAAUUCACUAGAGAGAACAGAGUUGUAAGCGUUUUGUGGGCAAACAAGAGGGACAGUGCUUGGUUUGCUCCUCCUGACUGGAGAGAAUGCAGGCUUGGAAUCCAAUUGCUACCACUGUUGCCUAUCAGUGAGAUAUUGUUCUCUGACAUUGAGUAUACCAGACAGCUUGCGAACUGGACAUUGCCAGCACUGGGAAGGGAUGUUGUAGGAGAUGGAUGGAAAGGGUUUGUAUAUGCCUUGGAAGCAAUUUAUGACGAAGAGAGUGCUUUGGAAAAGAUAAGGAACUUGUCCGGCCUUGAUGAUGGGAAUUCACUUACUAAUCUCUUGUGGUGGGUUCAUAGCAGAGGUGAUUAACUUGAAAUUCAACAUGGUGCAGAAGGGAAAUGUUACUGAACUCAGUUCCUGCCAUUUUCUUCUGUAAUUGCUGCUUAAUGGUAUGCAUGGUGCUUGCUGAGCAUGAUGUAUACAUCCAAGCUGAAAGGAGCUGUAUAUCUAUAUGUAUAUAAAAUUCUUAAUAUUAAUAUAUACCCUGGUGUUUCCAUUUAAGCUUACUAAUUUUGUAAAUAAUUAAUUUUGUUGUGGGUCAGUUGUGAAAAAAAAAAAAGCUCCUUUUCGUCAUUUAAUUCCGGGGGUUAUCAAAUUCAAAAACCCUAACUAUAAAUUAAUAUAAUUGAUUUUUUAGCAUCAGUUCGAUAGCUUGAAUCGUUCUAAGCAAAAGCGCUCUCAGAAAAAGCCCUAAUUUCACAAGCCAUGUCGAGGAGGAAGGUUAGGGAGCCCAAGGAGGAGACUACUACCCUUGGACCUGCUGUACGAGACGGUGAGCAUGUUUUCGGGGUGGCUCACAUUUUCGCUUCCUUUAACGACACAUUUAUUCAUGUAACUGAUUUGUCUGGAAGGGAAACAAUGGUUCGCAUUACGGGUAUGGUUUCUUUUUGCUACAUUGGGUUGUUGGUGUCAUCGGCAUCUCUAGAUUCGGUUUUAUGACAGACUGCGACAAGUGGAAUGAAUGUGAAAGCCGAUAGAGAUGAAUCGUCCCCUUACGCAGCGAUGCUUGCAGCACAAGACGUUUCUCAACGGUGCAAGUUCCUAUUAUCUCACCCUUCGAAUUGUGGUGCAAUAUACUGUUCUACGCUGUGAUAACUUAGUUGUUUCCAUGUUUGUUAUCCGCUGGAAUUGGGCAUUACUGCCCUUCAUAUAAAGCUCCGAGCUACCGGAGGGAACAAGACAAAAACACCUGGUCCUGGUGCCCAGUCCGCACUUAGAGCUCUUGCUCGAUCUGGCAUGAAAAUCGGUCGCAUCGAGGACGUUACCCCCAUUCCCACUGACAGUACCCGAAGAAAGGGUGGCAGACGUGGAAGACGGCUGUGAAUCUACCGAGCCCGUUGUUGCCACCGGGGCUGGCUGUUUCAACGCUCGGAGGUUAUUUAUUUAUUUAUUUGUUGAACACUUUAAAGUAGUUCCUUGGUAGAUUUUGAUCUUACUUGACACACGAAAUUUUGAAUUUUGUUUUAUCAUUAUUGAGUCAAGUUUAAGUGGCUUUAGUUAAA